CCGCCGCCGCAGCCCAGCUCUCGGCGCCCGGUGUGCUCGGAGCCUCGGCGGGGCGCGGAGGUGCUGCGGGAGCCUGAGGCGCGCAGACGAGCCCAGCGACGCGGGACCGCCAGGGCCAGACGCCGCCGCGUGAAGCCCCCCGCCACCCGCGGCGAGGCCCGCGUGCCUGAAGCCACUGGACGACGUGGAGGCGGAGUGGCGCCCCGGGGAGCCGGCGCCUGGCGAGCAGGAAACCAUGGCCAAAAUGGAGGUGAAAACAUCACUUCUGGACAAUAUGAUUGGAGUUGGAGACAUGGUUCUUUUAGAGCCUCUCAAUGAGGAGACCUUCAUCAACAACCUCAAGAAGCGCUUUGACCAUAAUGAAAUCUAUACAUACAUUGGAAGUGUGGUCAUAUCUGUUAACCCCUACCGGUCCUUGCCCAUUUACUCUCCAGAGAAAGUGGAAGAUUACAGGAAUAGGAAUUUUUAUGAACUGAGCCCUCAUAUCUUUGCCCUGUCAGAUGAAGCAUACAGAUCCCUCCGAGAUCAAGAUAAAGACCAAUGUAUUCUCAUUACUGGGGAAAGUGGAGCAGGAAAAACAGAGGCCAGCAAGCUCGUUAUGUCCUAUGUGGCAGCUGUUUGUGGGAAAGGAGCAGAAGUUAACCAAGUCAAGGAACAGCUUUUGCAGUCCAACCCAGUCCUGGAAGCCUUUGGAAAUGCCAAGACUGUAAGGAAUGACAACUCCUCUAGAUUUGGCAAAUACAUGGAUAUUGAAUUUGACUUUAAAGGUGAUCCACUGGGAGGAGUGAUAAGUAACUACCUUCUAGAGAAAUCUCGAGUUGUUAAGCAGCCGAGAGGUGAAAGAAACUUCCAUGUGUUCUAUCAGCUGCUCUCUGGUGCCUCUGAAGAGCUUCUCAACAAGCUUAAGCUUGAGCGGGAUUUCAGCAGAUACAACUACCUGAGCCUGGACUCAGCCAGGGUUAAUGGAAUCGAUGAUGCAGCCAAUUUCAGAACCGUUAGGAAUGCCAUGCAGAUUGUGGGCUUUAUGGACCAUGAGGCUGAGUCUGUCUUGGAGGUGGUAGCAGCAGUGUUGAAACUGGGGAACAUUGAGUUCAAGCCUGAAUCGCGAGUGAAUGGUUUAGAUGAAAGCAAAAUCAAAGAUAAAAAUGAAUUAAAAGAGAUUUGUGAGCUGACCGGCAUUGAUCAAUCAGUUCUAGAACGAGCGUUCAGUUUCCGGACAGUGGAAGCCAAGCAGGAGAAAGUCUCGACUACACUAAAUGUGGCUCAGGCUUAUUAUGCCCGUGAUGCUCUGGCUAAAAACCUCUACAGCAGGUUGUUUUCAUGGUUGGUAAAUCGAAUCAACGAAAGCAUUAAGGCACAAACUAAAGUAAGAAAAAAGGUCAUGGGUGUUUUGGACAUUUAUGGUUUUGAAAUUUUUGAGGACAACAGCUUUGAGCAGUUCAUUAUUAAUUAUUGUAAUGAAAAGCUACAACAAAUCUUCAUUGAACUUACUCUUAAAGAAGAACAGGAGGAGUACAUACGGGAGGACAUAGAAUGGACUCACAUUGAGUACUUCAAUAAUGCUAUCAUUUGUGAUCUAAUAGAAAAUAACACAAAUGGAAUCCUGGCCAUGCUGGAUGAAGAGUGCCUGCGACCUGGCACAGUCACCGAUGAGACCUUCUUAGAAAAGCUGAACCAAGUAUGCGCCACCCACCAGCACUUUGAGAGUAGGAUGAGCAAGUGCUCCCGCUUCCUCAACGACACAUCUCUGCCUCACAGCUGCUUCAGGAUCCAGCAUUAUGCUGGCAAGGUGCUGUAUCAGGUGGAAGGAUUUGUUGACAAGAACAAUGACCUUCUCUAUCGAGACCUGUCCCAAGCCAUGUGGAAGGCCAGCCACACCCUCAUCAAGUCUUUGUUCCCUGAAGGGAAUCCUGCCAAGAUCAAUCUGAAAAGGCCACCUACAGCAGGCUCUCAGUUCAAGGCAUCAGUGGCCACUCUCAUGAAAAACCUACAGACCAAGAACCCCAACUAUAUCAGAUGUAUCAAGCCAAAUGAUAAAAAAGCAGCACAUAUCUUCAAUGAAAGUCUAGUGUGUCAUCAGAUCAGGUACCUGGGUCUUUUGGAGAAUGUUCGAGUGAGGCGGGCAGGCUAUGCCUUCAGACAGGCCUACGAACCAUGCCUGGAAAGAUACAAAAUGCUUUGUAAACAGACAUGGCCUCAUUGGAAAGGACCAGCAAGGUCUGGUGUGGAGGUUCUGUUUAAUGAAUUAGAGAUUCCUGUAGAAGAAUACUCCUUUGGUCGAUCAAAGAUAUUCAUCCGAAACCCAAGAACAUUAUUCAAAUUAGAAGACCUGAGAAAGCAGCGGCUGGAGGACUUGGCCACUCUCAUUCAGAAGAUUUAUCGGGGGUGGAAAUGCCGCACACACUUCCUGCUAAUGAAGAAAAGCCAAAUCGUCAUUGCUGCCUGGUUCAGAAGAUUCGCACAACAAAAGAAGUAUCAGCAGACAAAGAGUUCUGCCUUGGUGAUUCAGUCUUAUAUCCGGGGUUGGAAGGCUCGAAAAAUCCUGCGGGAACUGAAGCAUCAGAAGCGCUGUAAGGAAGCUGCCACAACCAUUGCGGCAUACUGGCAUGGGACCCAGGCGCGAAGGGAACUGAGACGGCUGAAGGAGGAGGCUAGGAAUAAACAUGCUAUUGCAGUUAUUUGGGCUUACUGGCUUGGAUCUAAGGCUCGAAGGGAAUUGAAACGCUUGAAGGAGGAGGCUAGGCGUAAGCAUGCGGUUGCUGUCAUUUGGGCUUACUGGCUUGGACUGAAGGUGCGUAGGGAAUACAGAAAAUUCUUUAGAGCUAAUGCUGGAAAGAAAAUCUAUGAAUUUACACUUCAGAGAAUUAUACAAAAAUACUUCUUGGAAAUGAAAAAUAAGAUGCCUUCUUUAUCACCAAUAGACAAGAAUUGGCCUUCAAGACCUUACCUCUUCCUGGAUUCAACACACAAGGAACUAAAACGGAUUUUCCACUUGUGGAGGUGUAAAAAAUACAGGGACCAAUUCACAGACCAGCAGAAACUUAUUUAUGAAGAGAAACUAGAAGCCAGUGAACUCUUCAAAGACAAGAAGGCUUUAUACCCAUCUAGUGUUGGGCAACCAUUCCAAGGCGCUUACCUAGAAAUCAAUAAGAACCCUAAGUAUAAGAAACUCAAAGAUGCCAUUGAGGAAAAGAUCAUCAUUGCCGAAGUUGUCAACAAAAUCAACCGCGCCAAUGGGAAGAGUACAUCUCGAAUUUUCCUCUUAACAAACAAUAAUCUCCUUCUUGCUGAUCAAAAGUCUGGGCAAAUCAAAUCAGAGGUCCCUCUGGUAGAUGUCACCAAAGUGUCAAUGAGUUCACAAAAUGAUGGCUUCUUCGCUGUUCACCUCAAGGAGGGCUCAGAAGCUGCUAGCAAAGGAGACUUUCUCUUCAGCAGUGACCACCUGAUUGAAAUGGCCACCAAGCUCUAUCGCACAACUCUCAGCCAAACCAAACAGAAGCUCAGCAUUGAAAUUUCUGAUGAGUUCCUGGUACAGUUCAGACAAGACAAAGUGUGUGUGAAGUUCAUUCAGGGCAACCAGAAAAAUGGGAGUGUUCCUACGUGCAAACGAAAAAACAACCGUCUUCUUGAAGUUGCAGUCCCUUAACUGGCUCCUUGUCUUUGCUUUCAUGGACUUGUUUCUUUGUAAUAGUGCAAUUGGUUUCAUUUUGUUUGAGUUUCGUUAUAUGUUUGGGAAUUGCCAAAGGCUGUUAGAGUCCCUUGGCAAAAUAAAAGCAUUUGACUAAUCACUUUUUAUUAUUGCAAUAGUUUAACCCUUAAAUCCACCUUCUGUCCUGAGGCAGGAUUGUUGAAACUAACAGUGUCUGUUUCCCUGUCAUUUGUAUUCCCUCUUUAGUUACCAUGUUAGACUUGUCUACCCUUGAAUCAACAUAUUAAUCAUAGAUUAUUAAUACAUAUAAGUAUAGGAAGGGUCUUAAGAGACAGUGCAUUCACUUACCAAAUAUUUAUUGAAUGCCUGCUCUUUGCUGGGCACUAUGCUAAAUGGUAUGAAAUUACUAGGAGCCUUUUUAUUGUUGAGACCAUUGCAUUCUGGCUGGUUUGUGCUGCUUUAAUGACAGCUGACAAAGGCUGAAAGAUUGAGGCCAAACAAUAACUGCUAAUGAUGGACAGUAUUAGCAGGAACUCUGCAGCAUGAUCAUGAACAGCAUAUGCUCCUCAAAGGACUGGUCUGAUGAGAGUUAGAAGUAGAUGACUGGGUAAAAUCCCUCCAUAUUUUUUCUACCUGAGAAAAGAAAACUGACAUCUGAACAGAUCUCCCUUGUAAUUACUUUCAAGAGUAGAAUACAGAAGUGAUUGUUGUUUUAGUUAAAGUGACAGAAGCAGUCAGUAAGAUGGUAUGUUCUUGUUUCUGGUAAACAUCAUAUAGGAUCCCAGGUGUGCUGAUAUCUGCAGUGGUUUUUAUUCAAGUUCAAGUAACUCUUUUAAACAGCUAACAAAGGAAAGAAAGGCCAGGUCUUUCAGAGUGGCAGAUAUUCUGUAUGAUGUGCAAUAAACAUCCCAAAAUCUUUGGUGAAAUUUUUAUUUAUAAUCUACAUUUUUGUAUGAGAAGAGGUGAUUGGUACCGGGUGCAUAUUUUAGUCUCAAGGAUCAACAAUCCGUUUAUUUUAAUUUGCAGGGCCUUUUCUAUUUUUUUCAAAAUUUCACAAUGAGGAUUCAUUUGGAAACUACAUUUUAAACUUUGGAAUCAAAUUGUUUCUUAUUUGGGAGGAUAAUGUAUAUACAUUGCUAUUAUGUUAAAUAAUAAAAUUGUUCUAAUUUGGUGCCAUUUGCUGGAUCACAACUGUAUUUUUGUAUUCCAAGCUAUUUUCAUAUGUGUGUCAGUGUAUUAUCUCACAAAAAGGUUUUAUAACCUAAACAUGAUAUGGUCUCUGUAUUGAUUGAAUUUCACAAAUCUUUUAUAAACCAGAAACAGUUGUUGCAAUAUA